AUGGACCCUCCUCAGCACGAGAUAAUCGUUGUGCGUAGCCUCCGUCAAGAGUGCUACGAUGUCCGCAUCGACGUCUUCCACCACGAGCAGAAGUUUCCGCUCGACACCGAAAUCGAUGACCUCGAUCCCACCGCAACUCACAUACUUCUGCGUCUCGUGCCGUCACUCAAGUCAGUCGGCACCAUACGCUGCACGAAGCACGCAGGCUACUACAAGCUGAGCCGACUAGCCGUGCUCAAGGACUACCGUCAGUACCGCUUCGGGCGUGCGCUCGUCUUGGCCCUGCAUGACCAUGUGAAACGCGACGCGAAGCGUUCCGGUCAACACGAUCCAGUCACAAUAAAAUGCCAUUCCCAGAUCCCUGGCGAAGAAUUCGAUGAAGAGGGUGCUCCUCAUCAACUGAUGGUCGCUCGCUUGCCAUUAUCAGAUUGA